AUGGUGGCUCAACUCUACCCCCUCGUGCAGUCCAAACCGAUCCCUCAAGGAACACCAGAAUAUGAGGAGAAGCGUACGGCUCUCCUACGGGCCUUCUACGAGAAGAUCCCCCGCGAGUACUAUGUCUCGCAAUCCAUCAUCGACAACCCACCGGCCGACGUGACGGGUAUCCCUGCCAGCAGUGGCAUCCUGACGGCUGAAGAGAUCGAAAUCACUGAGAAUUACGACACAAUAAGUCUGGCCGAAGCUAUCGCCGCACGCAAAUACACCGCGGUGACAGUCGCAAAAGCAUUCUCAAAGCGCGCCAUCAUCGCCCACCAACUCACAUGCUGCCUCACACAGUGGUACCCGGAGAUGGCAGAGAAGCGGGCGCAGGAACUCGACGACUACCUGGAGAAGAACGGCAAAACCAUUGGUCCUCUCCACGGAGUUCCUGUCAGUAUUAAGGAGCAUAUGCCCAUUGCGGGCACGUACUCGUCGAUGGGAUUCUUCAGUAGCAUCGUGUACAACGAGCACGAUAGCCAAAUGGUUCGCAUCCUCCGGAACCUCGGUGCGGUGUUUUACUGCAAGACGAAUCAGCCACAGACGAUAAUGCACCUCGAGAGUGACAGCCAUUGGGGCAGAGUAUUGAAUCCCUAUAACAUCCACCUCUCAGCUGGUGGCUCAACAGGUGGCGAGGCCGCAUUGAUUGCGAUGAAAGGCUCCGUGAUAGGUGUCGGCACCGAUAUUGGCGGCAGCAUUCGUGGCCCAUCAGCAUUCUGCGGCAUCUACGGCUUCAAACCAACCUCGUACACACUCCCAAUGAAAGACUUCCUGGCCGGGACGUUUCCCGCAGAGCUCAACGUGUUGUGCGCCAGCGGACCCAUGUGCCGCACACUUCGCGACAUGGACCUCUUCACACGCUUGAUCCUCUCCGCAAAGCCCUACCUAGAAGACCCUCGGAUCGUACCCAUCCCCUGGACCGGGCUCGAGACCGCCGCAGCACAAAGACCGCUCAAAAUCGGCAUCAUCGAACACGACGGCUUCAUCGACCCCCAACCGCCGGUGAAGCGCGCAAUAGCAUGGGCGCGCCAGAAACUCUCGGCGGCCGAACACGGCGGCAAGUUCCAAGUCAAGAGCUUCACCCCGUACGGCGCACACGAGGCGUGGACCCAGAUCAGGCGCAUCUACUGGCCGGACGCGGGCAAAGGAGAGAUCGACCCGAUCACGGCGGCCGGCGAACCGAUGCACCCGCUGUCGUCGUGGAUCUGGAAAGACGCGGAGCCACACGGGAUGCUGACGGCGACGCAGGUGAGCGCGCAGCGCGGCGAGCGCGACGCCUUCCGCUUCGCGUUCGCUAAGGCGUGGGAAGAGCAGGACGUCGACGUCGUCAUCGGCCCGGCGUUCGUCGGCCCCGCCUCCGCCCACGACACCGCCUUCUACUGGACCUACACCAGCCUGUACAACUUCGUCGACUACCCCGGCGUCGUGUUCCCGACGCCCGUCAAGGCCGAGAAGGCCGACGUCUACCCCGACGACUAUACGCCGCUGAGCGACGAGUGCAACCAUGUCCGCGAGUUGUAUGCCCAGGCCGACUUCACCAAUGCCCCCAUCGAUCUGCAGAUCAAUGCCCGCAAGUAUCACGAUAACGAUCUCUUCGCGGCCCUGGCGACGCUCAAGGACGUUUUGGAGUUGCCUUGA